CCACUUUACGUAUUAACAAUAAUUUGCAGCGAUGGGCGUAAUGAAACUGUCUGCAAUGGUUGACAUGGAGUUCAUCUGUGACCACCCAGUCUUGUUCAUACUUCGACGAAAAAAAUACGCAAUAUUCCUGGCGUCUUACAGAGGCGACGUUGAGGACGAAGAAUGGUAGUAGGUUAUCGUAAUGUCACGUUAUUGGAGCAGGAGCUGCAUCACAUCUGCUUUCGAGAAUCUUACCCUAUUUGUAGAUAAAUUGAUAAGCAGGAAUUGUCCAAAACAGCAUGAUAACAAACAAUGCUUUGGCAAAUUGAAUUAAUGUUGACGAGUUGUGGAAAUUGCCUGGAUGAUUGACGUUAGAUAUGAUUCAAGAAUGUACGUCUAUCAUAUUAUUCUUUCAAGUUAGUGUAUUGACCGUGAAAACAAAUGAGAUUCCAAAUUAUAAUCUACGUCAGAACAGCCAUAUCAAGCCUUCCGCUCCAGCCUUGCCGACAAAUAAAGAAUGGUCGAACACACACUAUUGUUUUUUUGCCAAUAAAUGGCUAGAAUGCAAAUCAAAUUCGAAUUUUUAUGGUUCAAUUACCAGAUUGACGAGAAACUAUUUCGACGAAAAUGCUUUUCCUUUCCAUGAUUAUGCAAGAGCAUUUAAAAUAACUCAGGAGCAUCCCUUAACAUGGCAGUCCGUCGCGUCACCAACGCCUCCGAUAUCCAGGCGAAUGUACAUGUCGAGUCCUCCGAAGAAUAUUCGGAUGAUGUUGGAUGGUACGCGUACCAUGCCUCCGCAGAAGUACCCAAUGCAUCGUCCUGCGGCUUUCAAUCAAAUGCCGCCACUUGAUACAAAGCAUUUUAAUGCGUGGGGAGCUCCUUACCUACGUCCGCACGUGUCUAGUGGAAUAAGUUCGGCAGCGCAGUUCACACGGUUUAAUAGUUCGAGUAAUAUAAUUCGCAACCAAUUACUAUUGAAGCCUCCACCGACGUUGGCUGUCUCCGGCUUUCAUCAACAAAUCAUUCCUCAUAAAAACAUGCUUUCGAUCGAGGAAUUCACCCAAAGUCUAGAUCACUUCGAACGACAAUUUUAUAAGGUCACUUUCACGAAGUUAACAGCCAUAAGUCCUGUAGAUCGACAAGAGAAUGGGAUGAGCUUCGUCCAAUCUGGUUUCUUUUUACUCCUGACUCUGAUGGCUAUCUCUAAAGACAUCGACUCCAACACCAGAACUGAAAUUGAUCAGUGCAUUGGAUUUAAACUUUCGAACAUGGAUAGCGUUGGUGUUAUUAGACAUUUCAUAUCAACUUUGCCAAAUUCUUCGGAUAAGCUGAAAUUGAGGCAAACAUCUCGCCUGAUGCUUUGGCCGAACAAAGACUGGAAUUCGCGCUGUCCAGGCAGCUCGGCUGAGGCGACUGCUCUGAAGCUGCAAGUGGACAAGUUCAACGGCACUGAGACGCCCGAAAAGAUCACUAGUAUAUUAAACAAAAAGGUAGAAGUAGAUUCUGGAGGUGCGAUACACGAUACUUUCGAAGAGGAUGACGUGUCAGGGGGCGUUACCGCUGUACUUCUGACGACGCUGUAUGUGCGCGGGCGCUGGCGAGCCGCCCCCACCGUGCUCAAUGGAAGCCGGCCCUUCCACGACGCCGACGACGCCCCCAAGCGGGACGUGCGCAUGAUCAAGAUCAACGAUAUCAUGGAGUACGCAAACUUGCCUGAGUGGGAUGCACAGGCCAUAGAAAUAUCAUAUGCAACGCCUGGCCUUACCGUUCUGAUGGUGAUACCCCGCAGUAACUCGCUGAAGAGACUGGUACAGCAUGUUAGCAGCAAGCCCAUUGGAGAAAUCAUUGCGAGAAUGAAGACCAGGAGAAUAGCAGCUAUAUUACCAAUUUACACUUUACGCAUGACUUUAUUGCUACCUAAUAAAUUGCAGGCUAUGGGUAUACAGAGGCUAGUAGAAGUUAGCAACACGACACAUACCAGCUACCUGAGGCUGUCGCAUGCGGUGCAACGGAUCAUGUUCUGGGCGGAGGCUGGACGCAACGCAUACAAGGAUGACGGAAUGGAAUGGGACCAGACACCAGAGUUGGAAGUCGUUGCUGAUAGACCUUAUAUCUUUUUCGUACGUUGGCGUAACAUCACCCUGUUAAAUGGAAAUUUUGUACUGUAAAUUAAGAGUCUUACAAAAUAAAACACAAUUAUUAAACAAUA